GCUGCCGUGCCCGGUGCUCGCCAUAUCGCCAUAGACAUCAAACGGGUAUAGACGAACCAAAGCUUGUGCAGUGCAAACGGUACUCAGUUCUAAAACUAAAAACACUAACUGCUGAACAGUUCAUAGUAUAUAAUAUAAACAACGUUUGUGUGGCUGUGUUUGUAAAGUGUUGACAAAUAAGAAAUCACAAACCAUGAAGUUCCUCAUCGGAUUACUUGUUGCAUCUCUAGCUGUGGGCGGUGUGCUGUGUCUACCGGCCGGUUCACCAAGCGAUGAUGCUGAGGUGAUUAAUGUGCCGCGUCGUCAUUCAACUGACGACUCGGAUGAAAGCUCAGCCGGUGAACCUGAUUUCAAAGAUUUCAGGGGCGUCAUCGAUACUGGUGUGGGCUAUCCGUUCCUGCAGCCACAUCCGUUGCCGUUCUCAUUCAAUUUGGGCUUCUUCGAUGCUUUUGAAGAUAUUUUCCGUCGCCUGAGCAGCCAAAUUUGGUCAUCAACCGACGAGUUGGGCGCCUUCGACACCUCGAAAGGCAACACAACUUCAACUGUGAAGGUUGUCGAUGGUCAUAAGAUCGAAGUAAACGAAACCGUUUACGGCGAUGCUGAUAAUCUCUACAAGGUGCGUUUGGUCAACAUUCGUCCGCUCGAGUCGGGUGAAGACGUUGCCGAAACACCCAACGCCAAGGCCGGAAAUCCUGUAACAUCCGCACCAAACAAAAAGAAUGACGAAAGCGAAUCGGAUGAACGUCGCGAACCGUUGGAGAAGAACUCAUAUGAGAAUGAGAUCAAACACAACAUCGACGAUCCCGAGGUAAAACCACUAGCGCAACUCAUACAAGACACAAUGUUGCCAAUAACAAAUGAGGACAAUGCCGCCAACUUAAAUGCUGCAUUUGUUACAGACAAUAGUCUUGAAGUGGCAGCGAGCGAAGGAAGCGUUGAACAGAGUUCGGAAGAAGAAAUCGCCGAGGUAGUUGAAAUAGACGGAAAUAUCGAAGCGGAAACCAAUAAGUCUGUUAACAACAGCGAGAUAAAAGCCGGCAUGGAAAACCUCGAAAAUACUACAACUGCUGUGGAGGAGCUAACAACAACAGCAGCAACACCAACGACACAGGAUGCUGUUGAGGACGAAGCGCUUACAAUUGAAAAUAAUGAGGAAACGGCAGCGAAUAACAGCCCAAAUGAGUCAUCAAAUACUGAUGAUGAUGCCGCAGCAGCAGAAGCAGCAGCAACUGAAGCCGUAGCAACCGAUGAUGAUGCAACUAACGUUGAAGAGGACGCCGCCGCCAACGAGUCAACCACUGAGACUGCGGAUGAUUUGCGUGCUGAAUUGGAUGAGGAAAAUAUUAACGAAACAGCUAGUGGUGAAACAGCCGGAAUCGAUGAAGUAACUGAGCUGGCGAAAUCUGUUGAUGAUUCGGCUGAGUGGUUGGGUGAAGAUGCUGGUGUGGCUGCGCAGUCUGACGCUGGCAUUGAUGAAGUUGACAACGAACCAAAUGAGAAACGUUACGCAAAUUAUGCAAACAACAAGAAUCGUGAAGAUCUCUCAUCAUCCGAUGACGAAGCGGAGGGCGACGAAGUGGAGAUGAAUCCCGGUUUCGACUCGGAGUGGGGUGACUUGAAGGCAGAUCUGGCGCGCGCUUCCAAUGAACAAAAUGAUUUGAGCAACGACAUUGAUGCCUAUGAUGCGGUGCCAGUGGAUUUGUCCAAUGACAUUGCCGUCAAUGACUUAGCGGCGCAGAAUCCCGAUUUCGCCAUAAAUCCCGAUGCUGAAGUGUUCGAUGUGAAUGCUUUGAAAACACUCGGCGCAGUGCCGAUGUUUGAAAAACUGACCAUUUCGGAGCCUGCCAGCCCUGCCAAAUAGGAAGUGUGCGUCUUGAGUAGCAAUCUAAAAUUAGUGUUAAACAUAUCUAGUGCCAAACUCCCAGCAGUAAGUAGGCUGUUGUGAAAAUUUGCGAGAUUUUUAGGUUAAGUUUAAAGCUUUAGCAAACUAUUUACGAAAUUUGUGUAAGACUUCCCGCUGUUAAUAUGCCGCAAUGCACUCGUGUGCUAUGUGGUUCACCGCAGCGCUCGGGUAAUAUGAGUCAUGCUCCAAGAUUUCUACGCAGAUCUAAAUAUAUUGUAUUUUAUUGAUAUUUAAUUAAGUAAAAAUGUGCGUUAGUGCAGUCAAAGCUUUAUGAGAGUAUAUAUGUAAGCAUUAUUUAGUAUUCGGCGUAAUUAUUUUUAUGAAUUCUGAUGAAAUAUGUAUUUACAAGUCUUGCAAAAUGCCUUAAUAUAAUACUCAUCACCUGUUGCAUA